UACAAUCAGCGGGAGUUUGUUGCCUUUGUGUGGAGAGGAGAGGAGCUAAUAGUAAAAAGCUAAUCCGCCUUUUUUUUCAUAGCCGUUUUGUGAGCUAAGCUGAAACACAAAAACCGUCCGCGAACCAACAACAGAGAGAGUCCACACCGUCCCUCACCUGUCCCUCACCUGUCCGCCACCGUUAAGACGCAGUGAGUCUCCAUGGCGCUGAGACGAGGCCUCCGUUACCUGAAGGUGUGUGAGGUGCAGUCUUCCCAGAGUGAUGUCGGGCCGCAUUCAGCCAAAGGAGGACCCGGAAAGGAGCUGUACGAUAACGGGUACGGCGAGCAGAUGAUGGAGGACGAUGACUCCAGAACAAACCUGAUUGUGAACUACCUGCCGCAGACCAUGAGCCAGGACGAGCUGCGGAGUUUGUUCAGCAGCGUGGGCGACGUUGAGUCGGCCAAACUCAUCCGCGACAAAGUGGCAGGCCACAGUUUAGGUUACGGCUUUGUUAACUUUGUUAACCCUAAUGAUGCAGAGAGGGCUAUCAGUACCCUCAAUGGCCUGAGGCUACAGUCUAAAACUAUCAAGGUUUCGUUUGCGCGGCCGAGCUCGGACACGAUCAAAGACGCUAAUCUGUACAUCAGCGGGCUGCCGAGGAAUCUGAGCCAGCAGGACCUGGAGGACAUGUUCACCCGCUUCGGACACAUCAUCAACUCCAGAGUGCUGGUGGACCAGGCCUCCGGCUCUCUAGGUCUGUCCCGGGGCGUAGCCUUCAUCCGGUUUGAUAAGAGGGCCGAGGCCGAGGACGCCGUCAAGCACCUGAACGGCCACACCCCCCCUGGCAGCUCUGAGCCAAUCACAGUCAAGUUUGCCGCAAACCCCAAUCAGGCGAGGAAUUCCCAGAUGACGUCACAGAUGUAUCAUGGCCAACCACGGCGCUUUGGAGGACCGGUUCAUCACCAGGCCCAGAGAUUCAGGUUUUCUCCAAUGAGUGUGGAUCACAUGAGUGGAGGGGGCGGAGUCUCAGGGAGCUCGUCCACCGGUUGGUGCAUCUUCAUCUACAACCUGGGUCAGGACGCAGACGAGGCCAUCCUGUGGCAGAUGUUCGGGCCGUUCGGCGCCGUCAUCAACGUGAAAGUGAUCCGAGAUUUCAACACCAACAAGUGCAAAGGCUUCGGCUUCGUUACCAUGACGAACUACGAGGAGGCAGCCAUGGCGAUCCACAGCCUGAACGGGUACCGACUUGGAGACAAAGUCCUGCAGGUGUCCUUCAAGACCAGCAAGGGACACAAGUAAAAGGGGGAGGAGUCUGUGAUGGAGGAGGAGUUUAAGGAUGAAGAGUAGGGGUGGGGGGUUUGGGUAGGAGGAGCAGGAGGGGUGAGGGUGGAGGGGGCGGGGUUAAGGACGAGGAGGAGGAGUCUAAACUCCAGUGUGAUCAGCUGAUCUGGUCUGACAGUUUUCAGAAGCUGCGUUUGUGAUGUGACUUCCUGUUUUGUUUUUUGUUUUCUCCCAGCAUGCUCUGCUUCACUCAAACCUGAAGCCAUCUUUCGGUUCAUUUCUUUUAUUUCAGUUUGUAUCUUGUUUUUAAAAUUGCAGCUACGUUGUGAUGUUGAACUGUUUGUUCAGAAAUAAAUCUGUUCACAGAACUUCA